AGCCCGUUUGGAAACCGAAAGUUAGCAGCGGAGAAAGGGAAGGUCCCUGUUCCAGCUUUCCUCCGCCCCUUGAGGCCAGGAGGUGCCCGUUUGGAAGCGGAGGAGGGGGAGGAGGCGCCGCCGCCGCCGCGCUCUUGGGCUUGGCAUCCUUGGGUGGCGGGGUCGCCAGGCGCUCUCUCCAGUCUCCGGCCUACCGUAGUCUGCGGCGAGCCUCUCCCGGCAGCGAUGAAGAGGCUCUGCCUUGUCAUGCUGGGCAUUCUGUCGCCGGCCUUGCUGAUCGCCAGCAUCGUCCUCCUGGCGGCCCACGUCAUGCAGAACCUCGUGGACGACCAAGUCAAGCAGGUAGCGGUGUUAAGAAAUAGUUCAGAAACUUUGGAAAUCUGGGAGAACCCUCCAUCACUUCUCCUGCAGAUCUAUUUUUUUAACUUGACUAAUCCUUUGGAAGUACUUCAAGGUGAAAUUCCUAUCGUCAAGGAAAUUGGGCCAUACACAUACAGGGAGUGGAAAUGCCGAGAAGAUGUUCAUAUUCUCGAGAAUGGCUCAAAAGUGUCCUCUUUUCAACCAACCACUUAUUUCUUUGAGCGAGAAAUGUCGGUGGGUGACCCAGGAGUGGAUCACAUCCGGACUGUGAACAUGCCUGCAUUGGUGGCCAUGAAUUUGGCUAGGAGAACUCCUUUCCAUUUGCCUGCAGAGUUAAUGCUUAUAAUCUACCAAGAAGACAUGUUCCCAAUGCACACUGUUCAAGAGCUUCUAUGGGGAUACACGGACAAAUUUCUCCAGGCGGUCCACAAAUUUCUCCCCAGCGUCGAUCCAGUAUUUGGCUAUUUAACAAAGACAAACGGGACCAGUGACGGUGAAUACAUCAUGCUAAGUGGAGAAAACAACUACCUCGACUUCACAAAAAUAAUUGAGUGGCAAGGGAAAAGGAAGCUAAACUGGUGGACGUCACCCAGCUGUAAUAUGAUAAAUGGAACAGAUGGAGGUACUUUCCACCCACUGAUCAGCAAAGAUGAAACCCUCUAUAUCUUCUCUUCAGAUUUCUGUAGAUCUAUAUAUCUAAACUUUGAGAAAGAGUUGACCGUUUUGGGAGUCCCAGCGUACCGGUUUAUACCUCCCUUGACAGUCUUUGCCAAUGUCUCGGUUAACCCAGACAACGCUGGGUUUUGUGUACCUGCAGGAAACUGUCAAGGGUCAGGAAUCCUGAAUGUCACAGCUUGCAAAAACGGUGCACCAAUAUUUUUAUCGCUCCCACAUUUCUACCACUCCGAAGCCAUGUACAUCAACGCUGUGGAUGGCAUGCAUCCAAAUAAAGAGAAACAUGAGCCGUUUCUUGAUGUUAACCCAUUCACAGGAGCAUUACUGCAAGCAGCCAAACAAAUCCAGGUCAAUGCUUAUGUUGAAACACUGCCUGAAUUUUUCCAAACGGGGAAUAUCAGAAGAAUGGUUUACCCAGUGAUGUACAUGACUGAGAGAUUUAUGCUUGACAAAGGAUCUGCAGAAAAACUGAAGACUGCUUUGUUUGAAUCCAAUAUGGCUAAAGCUGUCCCAUAUGUCAUCUUGGCACUAGGAAUUAUUUCUGGAGCAGUAUUUCUUGCAGUCCUCUACUGGCCCAGAGGGAAAAAAGAGGAGGGUUCCGCUGACGAGCAAGCUCCGCUUAUCCGGACUUAACUCAAUUUCCCCAAGCAGUCUGCAUUUGCAAAAAAGAGCUUCAUGAUGAUGGCUGAACUGGGCAAACCGUUUUUAACUGCCACCACUACCUACUACUACCACUCUCAGCGACACUGUUGAAAUUGUCCUCUUGUUAGAAUUUAGUAAGCAUCUGCUUUCGGGGAAGGAGUACAUUUGUAAAAUGAACCUGAACGGAGGGCAGAGGUACUGUUUUUAAGGGGCCAGUUGGGCAGCCAUUUGCCACUGUCUUCCCAGAGCACAAAACUAGCAGUAUUUCACUACAUGUGCAUCAUUUGCUGAACUUGUGAGACUGCACCCAAGGCUGAGUCCCUAGUGGAAGGGCUUACUCGAGGAGCCAUGAAAGGUGAUGUCAGCCCUGGUGACAUCCUUAUUAAUUUAGGAGAUUUGCUAGCACGGCCUUGUCCUUCCAUAAUUUGAUUUCUUGGUGAAUCCUAUGUGUCAAAUCUACCCGGAGUUUCAUAGGGUAAAUGUUUGCACUGGAAAGGGGAAAAAAAAAUCCUUCAGCAUACAUCCAGGGAGUUUCCCAUUUUUGUUCCAUCCAUCAGUACAUUUGAGUCAUAGAUGCCCCAUUCAGAGGUUUUUUUUAAAUGCAAUUCAUCAAUUUCCUUUUGAGUAAGUGGCUUAGAUCGGCUUUCUCCAACCUGGCACCCUCCCAAUGCUGUGGCAGUCCUGCCCCUUGAGAGGACAUCAGACUGAGGAAGGCUGGUUCAAGUAUCUGCUAGUGCCGUCUCUCCUGUAUCUGUGGAAAUAGGGUUAAAAAGAUCCAGCCCUUGGCCCAAAAGCAUUACUGGGAUUCUGUGAACUGUUUUAUUUUUAAAAGAGCACACACACACACAAAAUGAGUUUGAAAGAGCCAGUCUCUACAGACUGUGCAUAUCACACACAUUUUCCAAGGAUUCAAACCUUCAUUGGAGAAGUUUUUCCCUGGCACUCUCUCUGAUGCCUCCUUGUUGGCUUUACAAGUGAUUUGGGAAUAACAGAUUCAUUCCCUAAAUCCAGCACAUCGUAAGAUUUAAUGGCUCUUCCUCAGAGGCAUCCAGAUGUGCCUUGCAGUGAUACCCCUUCAAUCUAGGAGGAAAAAAAGAAGGGAUAAGAGUCUUCACAAUUACAACCAAAAUGAAAUUUAAAGCCUGCAGCAGAAGCCUGUGGUUUUCAAGAUAAUGUGUCCUGUGUUUUGAGGUGAAAAGAAGUUUUAUAUGACAAUUCACUUGCACUGGAGGGAAUGAGAAGGGAUCCAGCAUCUUUGUCCAGUCAACUGUGCACUGAUUUAAUGAAGGGAAGCUGGGGUCCUCUUUGAGACGGUCCUGUAAGUAAGGUGGUAGCAAAUACUCUUAGUGGUAGCAUCUGGCUGACCCUGCCUGGGGUCAGACUUUGUGGUUGAUAUUUGGAUGGGAGGCCAACAAGGAAAGCCCAGGAGUCCCCAUAUCUGGGAAUUUGAAAAAACAUUCUGGAACAAAGCAGCGGCAAGCCAUAUUUUUGCCAAGAAAGCAACAUGGAGCCACCAGGAGUCAAGCUCAACUUGAAGACCACCUUUUCCCUUCUAAGCAAGCAGUGAAAAUUGGUACUGUGUCCCUUUUAUUUCCCCCUCCUUUUUUUUGUAGUUUAUCUAUCACUUGAGUAUUAUCUGAAGUCUCACUACUCACAGUUCCCAAAUGUCCUACUGUUAGAAAAGAAAUGGUUCCUUGAGUUUGCAAUCUAAGUUUUCCCAUCAGAUUUGCAUGGAUUUCCAUGGCUUUUGUGGUGCCCACUGUAUUCCUUUAACUUAAUGUUAAAAAUGGCUUUGCUAGAUCCCACCAAAAGGCUCUUAGGCUCAGCAUUUCAUUGCCAGCUGUGUCAGGCAGAGAGUCCUGAGGAGUUAACCAAGCUCAAGGGUGAUGUCUAUCGUAGAAUUAAUCUAAGAGGUUAGAGGUGUGUGCUUUGCUAACAGAUAGGUGACACUAAGUUUCCUGGGGAGGUAGGGCAAAUUAUGUAACCUAAAUCUGAGAAAUUAAAAUCUGAUUAUCAACAUUUUUCAGCUCAGAAAUUAAAAUGUCAUAUUACAGUGCAUAAAGUUACUGCAGGGAGAGAGACAGUUUUAAAUAUUUGCAGGAACAAAGUUGGAAAAAAAAGUGUAUAAUAAUGUACUGCAGUCUGAGGAGCCCAGAUAGUAGUACCACACAAUACUGCAGAUCAGGAUUUUGUAUUUCUUCUGGCCUAUUCUGCAUGGACAGUUUUUAGCCUAGGAUGGAUCUAACUUGCAGAUUGAGGCAAAGUGGAAUCACUCUUGCUUUCCAAGGAGAGUCCUCUGUCAGAGCUACAAAAAUUGGCCUGUUAGUCUCGUUUGGUAUGUUGAAAACUGGAUGUGUCCAGAUGUGAGAUUAGCAAUUGACUCUCUGGGUAGCAGCUUUAAAUAUGCAAGGGUUUGCAAUAGCUCUUAAUAAAUCAAAGGGCUUGUUUUCCCUCAUCCCAAAAAGAUUGCUCAAUUUAAGAAACUGGAUUUUGGUAUGGAACUAUGAGCUUGUUGUGAUUUUGGUACUGAAAUCAAAUUUCAAGGCCCUAAAUGUGCUUGGAAUGUGCACUUAUUUUUGAGCAUCUUUUAUAGCUGGCUAUAGCUGAUGGAUGAUUUCGGGGUUCUUGUUAAGAAAAAAAAUUCAAGGGUAAAAUCUUCCUACUCCUGAAAAUAAUAUAGCUGGCAAACCCGUGUGCGGCCAAAGAUGAUGGAUAUGUCUAAGAGACUGACUUCAAGAUCCAGUCCCCAAAUAACCUUUUUCCAAUGCAUUUUCUUAUUUUGGCUGGACAAGGCAGUUGCUGAUAGUAUUAAGGCCUCCUUGCUUCUCUUGCACAAACGUAGAGAUGAUGAGCACACUUUGCAAGAUGCUUGCCAUUGUUUCUGCUCUUGUCACUGAGGGUCACACAAGUUCCCAGGAAUUUCUAGGUUCCUUACUACGCAUCUGGACAUCGCUGCCAGUCUUGGUCCUGCAGCUACGCAAGUGGUGGUUUCAGCUCGCUAAUCUGCUUUCUUUAGAAUGACUCAAGACCUCUUCAACUGUACCACACAUGAUCUGGCUUAAUAACAUUUAUAUAGUGCUUCUCUUAACUCAAAAAUAGCUUCAGGUGUUGAUGAUCUCUGUAUUCUACAAGUUGCAUAAGGUACGCUAAUAUUAACCCCUGUAGAAGAUGGGAAACUAAGUUUGUGCCAUAGCUCCUUUUCCAAGGUUGCAUUACUGAGUUAAUGACAAAUGCUGACCUUAAGAACAAUCUUGUGUCGCCUUGAAGUCUAACACAUUUUAAAUGGCAUGAUGGAACUAUACAAGCAGUAAAAGAUGUUUUUGUU